AGCCUGUGGGGGUGACAACCGAACAACGAACCCCGCCAACAGAGGAAAAGUAGUACAGAAAAAACAAACACAGUCAAUAAAGCCGGGAAACAGCAACCAAAUGAAACCAACAACCAGCUGGGAGCCCUCACUUCCAACUACAACCACCUGAACCAGAAUCCAGAUUUUGGUCAAGAUCAUUUUUGCCCUACACAGUCUAUAUUUGACCUUCAGCACGACUGGAAAAUAUAUCAGCUAGCUGAGUUUGGAUGCACUGAGUCGCCCCUACCCCAAGGAAAAUUCAGUCACCUGCCGCUGAGGCAGCCUUUCACCGCUCAAGUCUCCACCAAACCCGCGUGCAGCACAGACUCCAGCCCCGGACGAAUCAGCGGCUCGCCAGUGGGGGAGGUUGAAGCCGAUGUGGAGACUGUCGCGUCGCCAUCGCCCACUUCCGUAAAUCCAAACAAGGUUCAGAUACAAAUGGACUCCCUCAUCACCCACCAUAUAAAUAACGGCAAUGGCAGUGGCACCGGCAAUAUGUUGGCCGGAAGUCUCGGGGGCGGUUUUCCAAACCUCCAGAACCAAGAGAUGCAGAACCCGAGUGGUGGCUCAGCUUCACCUCCACUCCAUGGAUUCGGAACCCCGUGGUCGGUUCAGACCAGCUCUCCACCACCCGUCUCCAACUCGGCCAACCCUAUCCACCACGCAAACGCGAUUAAUCAGAUGGCUCAUACCGAGCCAGACAACAGCUUUUAUCCCGGUAUCCCCUCCUCCAUCAACCCAGCCUUCUUCCAGAGUUUUUCUCCGGGCUCGGCUAAUCCGUGCCCCGGCAUUAACGUGCAGGGCUUCACCAGUCCGUUCUCGCACCAGAUCAACGCCCCUCAGCAGACGCAGCAGAGCCGCCGGUCCCCAGUCAGCCCCCAGAUGCACCCCCAGCACCAUCAUAAGCACCAGCAAGGCGUCUUCCUGCAGCAGAGGAACAACUACAACCACCACCACCAGCCCAUGGUGAAGCAAUCUCCCUGGGGGGGCAGUCACCAGGGGAGUGGUUGGAGCUCUGGUGGUAUGUCCUGGGGUCGGGACCACCGUCGUGGUGGAGGCAUGGGAAUCCCGGGCUCUGUCAGCCAGGUCUCCCCCAUGAAAAAACCCUUCUCCAGUAACGUCAUCGCACCGCCCAAGUUCCCCCGUUCCGCCGGCCCCAUGGGCCCCAAGGCCUGGAUUGAGGAGAACAUGUUCCGAACAGACAGUAACAGUAACACGCUUAUGCCUCUCCAGGAUCGAUCUAGAAUGUACGACAGUCUAAACAUGCACUCACUGGAAAGCUCUCUGAUUGACAUCAUGCGGGCGGAGCAGGAUCCAAUGAAGGGCCGUGUGGGAUGCCCUCACCCCGGAGCCGACGGCCUGCUCAUGCUCAAUGCAAGGAGCUAUGGGAGACGUCGAGGCCGCUCGUCCCUGUUCCCAAUUGAAGACAGCCUCCUUGAUGACGGGCACGGUAACCAGGGAGUCCCAGGGCUUGACACCAACUGUUACCCCCACCCAAACGGGGAGCGCAUUGAGCGUUUCUCCCGCAAAGUGUUUGUGGGCGGCCUUCCCCCUGACAUAGAUGAAGAUGAGAUCACCAACAGUUUCCGUCGCUUUGGCCACCUGGUGGUGGACUGGCCACACAAGGCUGAGAGCAAAUCCUACUUCCCCCCGAAAGGUUACGCCUUCCUGCUGUUCCAGGAGGAGAGCUCAGUGCAGGCUCUGAUCGAGGCCUGCAUGGAGGAGGACGGCAAGCUCUACCUCUGUGUCUCCAGCCCCACCAUCAAAGACAAGCCUGUCCAGAUUCGUCCAUGGAACUUGAGUGACAGUGACUUUGUGAUGGACGGCUCUCAGGCUUUGGAUCCUCGAAAGACCAUCUUCGUAGGAGGCGUUCCACGCCCUCUCAGAGCAGUGGAGUUGGCCAUGAUUAUGGACCGUCUCUAUGGGGGGGUCUGCUACGCUGGCAUCGACACUGAUCCAGAGCUCAAGUACCCAAAAGGGGCGGGGCGCGUGGCCUUCUCCAAUCAGCAGAGUUACAUCGCUGCUAUCAGCGCCAGAUUCGUCCAGCUGCAACAUGGAGACAUUGACAAGCGGGUGGAGGUGAAGCCCUAUGUUCUGGAUGACCAGCUUUGUGAUGAGUGCCAGGGGGCGCGUUGUGGGGGGAAGUUUGCCCCUUUCUUCUGCGCCAACGUGACCUGCCUGCAGUACUACUGUGAGUUCUGCUGGGCUAACAUCCACUCCCGCGCCGGCCGAGAGUUCCACAAGCCGCUGGUCAAAGAGGGGGCUGACCGCCCAAGGCAAAUUCACUUCCGCUGGAACUGAAGAGAAACGCGAUCACAUGUCACUAUGGAGACAUGGUCAGAAGCAACAGUUAAUUGAAGAGAGACAUCGCCAGGCAGGAAAAAGUGUCAUCGCCCUGCUUCUUACCGUAAGCUAUCAGUGUAGAGUACAUAACAGUAUACAAUAUAUCUAUCUUUUGUAGCAGCCAAACAUUACAAGCCUCAGUUUUUCACCAAUCCCCCCCCCCCUUUCACAUCUCAGGCUCUAACAACUUUUUUUGUGGUACCUUCAUGUUUUUUAAGAGGAUAUUUAAAAAGAGAUAGAUGUUUUGUAGUUUUUCAAAUUAUUUUUAUAUGUGAGAUUUAACGUAGAUAUGAGAAUGUCUUUGCAUGGGGGUAGCCUGUCUGUCUGUCUGUCUGUCUGUCUGUCUGUCUGUCUGUCUGUCUGUCUGUCUGUCUGUCUGUCUGUCUGUCUGUCUGUCUGUCUGUCUGUCUGUCUUGUCUGUCUUGUCUGUCUUGUCUGUCUGUCUGUCUGUCUGUCUGUCUGUCUGUCUGUCUGUCUGUCUGUCUGUCUGUCUGUCUGCUAGCCACCCCAUAGUGGGUGUAGCGUGCCCUUGUUUCUGGGAAAACCUUGAUUCUAUAAUCUGGACGCCUGCCCCAGGUCAUUUACCAAAGGUAGCAAAAUGAUAGGAAGCGUAACAGGGAUAUACACUUCUGCCACAAAACAAACUUUAAUUGUUCAUUGUUGCUAUGUUCUCUUUUUCCUUAUUGGGGAAGAGGUACAAAAAUUAUAGGGUUAUCUUUGCUCUCAUUUUGACCUGAAAAAAUACAACUAUAAAUAUGAAUCUGGUUUGUAUUAACUCUACUUAACAUUUUGAAUCACAAGCUAUAUUAGAAGCUUUGCUGCUAUACAUAAUAUAUGAAUAGAUGUAUAGGUGUUAUAUAUUAACAGCAUCUGUAAACCGUAAUCUUGGAUAGACUUAACCAACAGAUACAGGAUAGACUUAACCAACACAUGAAGGAUAGACUUAACCAACACAUGAAGGAUAGACUUAACCAACACAUACAGGAUAGACUUAACCAACACAUACAGGAUAGACUUAACCAUCACAUACAGGAUAGACUUAACCAACACAUGAAGGAUAGACUUAACCAACACAUACAGGAUAGACUUAACCAUCACAUACAGGAUAGACUUAACCAACACAUACAGGAUAGACUUAACCAUCACAUACAGGAUAGACUUAACCAACACAUACAGGAUAGACUUAACCAACACAUACAGGAUAGACUUAACCAACACAUACAGGAUAGACUUAACCAACACAUACAGGAUAGACUUAACCAUCACAUACAGGAUAGACUUAACCAACACAUACAGGAUAGACUUAACCAUCACAUACAGGAUAGACUUAACCAACACAUGAAGGAUAGACUUAACCAACACAUACAGGAUAGACUUAACCAACACAUACAGGAUAGACUUAACCAACACAUACAGGAUAGACUUAACCAACACAUACAGGAUAGACUUAACCAACACAUACAGGAUAGACUUAACCAACACAUGAAGGAUAGACUUAACCAACACAUACAGGAUAGACUUAACCAACACAUGCAGGAUAGACUUAACCAACACAUACAGGAUAGACUUAACCAACACAUACAGGAUAGACUUAACCAACACAUACAGGAUAGACUUAACCAACACAUACAGGAUAGACUUAACCAACACAUACAGGAUAGACUUAACCAACACAUACAGGAUAGACUUAACCAACACAUACAGGAUAGACUUAACCAACACAUACAGGAUAGACUUAACCAACACAUACAGGAUAGACUUAACCAUCACAUACAGGAUAGACUUAACCAACACAUACAGGAUAGA